UGUAUUGCCCCGGGCCCAAGAAAUGUCAGGACCGGGCCUGGGUGUCACAUGAAACAUUGGGAAGCGAAGAUGACGCCAAAAGUUUUAACAGUGAUGAUUAUGCCGGAAGCAAGAGCGAUUAUGAGAGUGAAGAAGCUUGGAGGGAGACGAAGGAGUACAAUAGACGGUUGAUUGAGUCAGAGGGUUUUGAUGUCCUCCCUGUACCAGCUUGUAUCCAUUCUGGCGGAGUACAACCACUCUACUCGGAGGAGACUUUGGAGGCGUAUGUGGAGGAGGAUUCAGAGGAGGAUUCACAUGAGGACUCAGAAGAGGAUUCUGAGGACGACGAUAAGUAUCGAUCUCAUUAUAGCUUCGUGAAGGAGUACACCUCUAUGGCCAUUGAUAAGUACAAUGCUGAUAACAAUGCAAAGCUGGAACUAGUGCGGAUUAAGAAAGUAAAUUAUGGACCUUGUUGUGGUUUCAAUUACUAUAUAACAAUCCUUGCCAAAGACACCAUUUCGGGAGAGGUGAAGACUCUUCAAGCCGAGGCUUACCAUUCCGCAUUCAAACCAGAGAGGAGUUUGACUUUCGUGAGGUUGGCACCAGGACAGCAAUGAUUAGCCCAUUCAAGUGCGCAUGGGAAUAGUAAAUUUGAGAUGCUGGAGAAUGUUGGCUGAGCUACAAAUAAACGCAACUGCUCAUUGAUGUAAGUGUUAUAAGGAGAACUUCAAGGGUGCUUGGGAGGAACCUUGCUACUACUCCCUAAUCAUUCUUACGGAUUAUUAUUAUUUCCACCACUGGUCUACCAUCACCAUGAUGAUCAUCAUCAUUUUUAUUGUUAGCGUCACCAUUAUUAUUAUUAUUAUUAUUAUUAUUAUUAUUAUUAUUAUUAUUAUUAUUAUUAUUAUUAUUAUUAUUAUUAUUGUUACCAUCACUAAUAUUAGUGUUCUUAUUAUCUAUGAUUACCAUCAUUACCAUCAAAAGUUAUCAUCACCAUAGUAUGCGUAAAGCAAUUUAAAAUCAAAUUCUA